GGAUGGAAAGCAAAGCAUCUGUGCUGUAAAAGAGCACCAUGGGAAACACUGAGAGUGUGGUGGUGCAGAAGCGGCUGGCCCGCUUCCGCCCUGAGGAACGGCCGGUAAUUGAGGGGGUCUUCGACAGGCUCCAGGGCGGCGUCGGGGCCCCUUCAGGAGCCCCAGGAAAAACGGCAGCAGGGAAGACUUUAACACUUGAGAUGCUGCAGUCCUCCAUGAGCAGCCUGGCUCCAGACUCCAUGGUAAGGAGGGUGUACCAGUGCAUGUGCAGUAUCGACUCUGGAGUGGCAGCAUCCGCAGGUCCAGGGAAGACCAGCUCGUCCACUGCUGCUUCUGGAGUGGGUCGAGAGCAACUCGUCAUCUUCUUAGCAGACACUCUGCGAGGCACUGCAGAGGAGCGGGCUCCGCUCGUCAUGGCUAUGUCCCAGUGUGGAGCGGGGUCCACAGUUAGUAGCAGUCAGGUAGCAGAGUUCCUGCAGGACCUGAUCUCUGCUGUAGUUCAGAUUCUGGUCAACAGAGGGCGCCUGCAGGGCUGGAAGCUAGAGAGAAUGGGUGAUGGUUCCCAGGGUGUCAAACUCCUGGCAGAGCACAUGUGUUCUGAGCUCAAACCCUCAGACCAGGGAGGCUGUGAUGUUUCCUGUCUGGAGGACUGGAUUUUCAGGGUGUCCCAGGUGUCGUUGUACCUGGAGAUGCUGGUGGCUGAAGGUUUAAACGUUUCCCUGAGCGGGCGGCCGGCCCCCACCUUGCUGCCCCCUUGCAGGGAGACACCUUGGAAAGAACUUAGGUGUCUGCUGGACCUUCCCACCCUCAUAUUUUUGGCACCACAGCUGCCAGACAGUUACAGCGCCCCCUGGAGACUGGUGUUUUCCACACAGCUGCAUGGGGAGAGUUUCACCAGGAUGGUGGCUGGCCUGACAAAGCGGGGGCCCACCUUGCUGCUUAUAAAAGACACAGAGGGACAUAUUUUUGGUGGCUUCGCCUCCCACGGCUGGGAUGUCAAACCUCAGUUCCAGGGUGACUCCAGAUGCUUCCUGUUCACUGUGCUCCCCAGACUGAGAGUUUAUACAGCUACAGGAUACAACCAACACUUCAUGUACCUCAACCAGAAUCAGCAGACCAUGCCCAACGGAUUGGGCAUGGGUGGUCAGCACGGGUACUUUGGCCUAUGGUUGGAUAGUGACUUUGGACGCGGCCAUAGCCGUGCGCGGCCCAAAUGUACCACCUACGGCAGCCCUCAGCUCUCCGGAAAGGAGGACUUUACCUUGGACUCUGUGGAAGUGUGGGCGGUCGGAAAACCCCCACAACCAGAGGAGGGCGAGGAAGGCGAGGGCAAAAGGAGUAUCCUGGAUGUUGAUCCAGAGGUCCAGGCCAUCAUGGAGAUGACAGGGAAGACUCUGCAUAGUCAGGGCCUCAGGGAGCCAGAGGAGGACCAGGAGUAAUGAGGGGCAACAGGGAAAUAGACAAAAGCCAUCACACGUAUUUGAGGCCCCCAGUCUACCUGGUAGUGACGCACACUGUGUUUUAAAAAUCUAACAUUUACAUCAAACCAUAAAUUUUUUUUCAAUAUACACAGUGACAUCAGAUUUAUCUUCCGCUGCCUUUCAUUCAGAUCGGACCCUCUUACACACAAACUGCUGCUUCGUUUAUGUGGUAAAUGACACAAAGGCCAUCCUCAGGUGUUUACAUUGAUCAGCUGAUGGUUUUGGCUUUCAAAUAUGUCAUCAUUACAACAUAAAGCAGGCUAACCAAGCCUAACUACAGUAGGUGUAAAGGCAGCCUAUACUGUAAGUGAUCGUAAAUGUUUGAUCUGACACUCACACACACGACUGACAGCCACCUGUUAUCAUCUCUGUGAAAGGCGCCGAUGUGUGCACGGGUGUGUUCACACUUCUUUCCACCAUGCUACGCUGGUGUUGGACUGAAGAAGAAAACACAUCAGAGAAGAGCCAGGGGUACUCGUUUCUGCAAUGCAUCCAUAUAAUCUCUUUUGAAACCACUAACUGAAGUAAUAAGUUCAGGUGUGUGAGCACAACAGACUUUUUUAUCUUACAUUUCUGGGUUUAAUGUUUUAAACCAGUUUUAAGAAAAGAAUAAUUAGUUUUAUUGCUACAGUAUUCAAAAAACCUUCAGGUUUAGGAGGCGUAAUCGGUCACGCAGUCUCUCGCAGUUGUGUCAGUUAUUCAGGGACCGUUUUUUUUAAACACCAGGGAUGCUAAAUACCCUUCCUCAAACUCACAGCUGUGGGUAAGCCUCAUGAUUACUUGAGACAAAAAGUACCCACUUGUACAGACUAGAUGUACCUAGAUGUACUAGAUGUAUUUAAUAUUUUUAUUUAUUUUAUUUUUAUCAAAGUUUGUGGCGCGUUCACCCAUAUCAUGACCUGACACUGGAUGAGAGGUUUGACUGACUGCAGUGAAGAUCUCUGUAGUUGCGUAGUCUGCCAUUGUCGUUGUUGUUGCUUCUUCUUGUUCUUUGUAUUGUUGUUGCUUCGAAGUUGGCGCGAGUCUUUAUGGGAAAGCAACGAUGUAACUGACGUAUACAGUGACGUUAUGACGUGGCUCCCUAAACACCUCGAGCCGUGGAAAAGCAAAUUGGUUCUCAGCUGGUUCGCUGUUGAACCGACUGUGAACCAGCACUAGAACUGCUUUGGUGGAAAAGGGGUAUCAGAGCAAUUCUUCAACGCAACAGAAUAAAGACAAAUAGAGGACUGCCUGUAAGAUGAAACGUCAUUAUAAUACAUAGAUAUAUUGUUAAUGUGAUACUAUGUGUUUUAUUGUUGCAGUGCAAUAAUCCUAAGAGACAUGAAUCACCCAUUUUUUUAUCAAUAUGAACUGCAUGACUAUUAACAGUCCUGCGGCUGAGUUUGUAAUGAAUGAAUAAAGUCACCCAUGAUGUUAUAAUAUACUAAUGUAGCGGCCAGUGUAUCGGGACCUGAAAGUAACAGAAUCUCCUCAUCUAAAGCAGAUGUAAUUCAGUCUACCACCAUAUUUAGAGAGGUUUUCCACUUUCUUUUAGCGACAACUGGUUGUUGAUGGGUUGAAAACAUCAAAAAGUGAGUUUAAAAAAAUGUGAGACAGGUAGGCCUGUCACAGUAAUUCCGUUAUCAACUUAUCGUACAAUAACGUCAUAGAGAAUUUAUCGUUUGAUACAUGGACAUGACUUUGAUCAAUUUUCCACCUUAAUAUUGCCACACUUCUGCAGUUUAUUUGGAAUUAAAGGUAAAUAACUGUCCUGACCCAUAAUGGCUUUCUGUGUUUUUAUGGAAGCGUAGCACCCACUCUCCAAUCCCCCCCACUUGCAUUAUUAGGCUAUUAUAUUAUCAUUAUAUCAGUGGUAUAAAAUGAUCUUCAAAUGACAAUAAUAUUGUUUAUCGCGAUUAUUUCUGGGACGAUAUAUCGUCCAACCAAAGUAGUUAUGGUGACAAGCCUAGAGACAGUAAUGCAGUAGUGUAUUAUUUUUUACAGUGGUGCAGUUAGAAACAUAUUUAUAGCCUCUUACAAUCAUUUCAAUUGUCAUGAAAUGUAGUUUUUGAAAAAUGGUAUUCUGUGUGUAUGUGUAUGUUAACCUGUAAAGCUGCCUGUAUUAAAGUGACACGGAUGCAAGGUGCACCUACACUAUGACCAGCUGUGUUUCUUCCUCGAGUGAACUGUGGCAAUUUGCCUCGUUUGUCCGUCUUAAUUUGGUCCUGUCUGACUUCGCCAGGCAGGCAGUAAAAUGUUGCCAUAAACGUAAACGACAAGAUCUCCACUUUGACAUCGCUAAUUGUACUAAUACAAACACCUGCUCAGAGGCUGAAAGGCAAUUCUGUGUUCAUCCCCCUCCUCUUCUGCUAUCAUGCAAAUGACUGAGGCAAGUUACUCAUGCAAAUCUGUUAUAUAAGCUUACAGCAGUUCACACGGUGGUGUGAUGGACACA